AAAGGGAUUGUGGGAAAUAUAACUACCGCGACGUUUGGUAAUGACAUCAUCUGUACGCGACAGAACAAAAGAGGGAGGCUCAAGUUUAUUUGAAGAGAUUUCCAAAAAAUGCUUGCUCACUGAGUCAAGUGUGACUGAAGAGCGCUGUGAUGGCCACACAGAGAGUACUUCCACAAAGCAAAGAAACUCUUCUGCAGAACUACAAUAAAAGACUUAAAGAUGACAUCAGGUCAAUUCUAGACAAUUUCACUGAAAUAAUCAAAACAGCAAAGGUGGAAGAUGAGACUCAGGUUUCCAGGGCGACGCAAGCUGAGCAGGAUCACUAUGAAAUGCACGUGCGAGCUGCCAACAUUGUACGUGCAGGAGAGUCUCUCAUGAAGCUUGUUUCAGACCUGAAGCAGUUCCUCAUCCUGAAUGACUUCCCCUCUGUCAACGAGGCCAUCAGUCUCCGCAACCAGCAGCUACGCACGCUGCAGGAAGAGUGCGACAAGAAGCUCAUCUCCCUGCGUGAUGAGAUUGCCAUCGACCUGUAUGAGCUCGAGGAAGAGUAUUACUCCUCCAGGUACAAAUAGAGCAGUGAUCCCAAACGUGUGCAGUUACCUCUGCCUCCCCUUGCUUACCAACACCAUAAAUGUGAUGCAAAUGUUCAUCAUAAGAACAUAACACAUGGUGAUUUAUGGAGCUAAGGGUAUUUUUAACUUGCACAACCAAUUAUAGGCUCUGACUGGUUUUCAUUUUACUAAAAUAUCAUGUGCUAACCAUGUUGGUUUGCUAUUUGUUUGAAUUAAACCAUGCCAUUUUGGUCCUUCAUGCACAGUCAUAUCAUACCAUUGUGCCUUAAUAAGAGUUCAUUCUUGCAGGUAAGAAAAUAACUAAUGAAAGAGUACAUUCUCCUUUAACCCAGUUCAGUCACGUAGUAAGUCAUUUUAGAAACUGUAUGGCCUUUGUGCUUUAUUCAGCUUGUCAUAAUUAUAAAAAGCCAGACAUAUCUUUUUCUGCUAUGCUUCUUAUAUAGCAAACAUAUAGCAAAAUCCAUAUAUCCAUCCAUAUUGUCAUAUCCAUUCAUAUUGUAGUCACACCAAAGACAUUAUCAAGCACUUUCAGUAUAACUGAUUUUGCACAAGAAAACCCAUCUGUUAUACAGAAGUGCAUGUAAAUAUAUCCCCUCCAGGUGCCUUAAAUGAUUAUGUUUUAGAAGAUUUUUAUUGCAAUCAGGAUGUGUAUUUAGUCUUUUUAGUGGUGCUGUUUGGGUUUAAUUUUUAUAGAGAUUAGUAUUAUAUUCAGAGAUUUUAAAUCAAUUCACGCUGUCUUUGAAGCACACCAGUAUAAACAUUAAUAGUUAUAUGAGAAGAGACAUUUUGGAAAUAAUUCUGGAAAUAAUUUUCUACAUUUUUUAAGAAAAAUGUACAUGUGAACCUAAAUUUGAUAUUGGACUGAGCACAUUAAUUUUGAUGGCUGUACUCAAUGAUGAGCUGCAAAAUUCAGAGCACUUUAGAAUUUGAAGAAAAAAAAAUGUAGGGUGCUGUAUGUAUUGUAAAAAUUACUUUAAAGAAUCAUAUAAAUUAGCUUAGUGGAAGAAAAUCAUUAAAGAAACAGAAAAUCAAAUCAAGAAACAGAUUUUUUUGGGGAGAUGUUCACUAUAUAUGCAGUGAUUUUAUUCUCUCUCUCUCUCUCUGUUAAACUAAUCAAAGUUUUUGUAAACUGGGAUAAUAUUUACCUUUCAGUGGCAUAUGUGUCAUGUUCAAAAUGUUAUAUUUAUCAUUUAUGGAGUGUGUGAAAUUGCACUACACUGUGUUUCUUUGUGGUGACAUUUUAAAUCGAAACAGUGUUGGUCACAUUAGUACCUGUUCAGAAUGUAUCAGAAUAUUUGUCAGUUUUUUCACAAACCAACUGGUCAUUUCAAAUUUCAUAAAUAAACCAGAGAUAAAAUAGAGCA